AUGUGGCCUUUUUCAGAAGCCUACCCUGAGCGCAAGGUCGGCGAUGUCGAUGGCGAGACGUUUGACUACAUUGUCGUGGGAGGCGGCACCGCAGGCUCCGUUGUGGCCUCGCGCCUGUCGGAAGACCCGUCGGUCUCGGUCCUGCUCCUCGAGCGCGGCCCGCUCAAGGACGUCUUCAUGUCGCGCAUACCCCUGCUCUCGCAAAACUACGUCAGCUCGUGGUCCACGGGCGUCCAGGACCGCUUCUCGGAGCCUAUUGCUGGGUACAACGACCGGCGAUUGCAACUGGCGGGCGGCGAGGGUCUGGGCGGCACAUCGCGGCUGAACGGCCUGCUGGUGACGCGCGGCGCCCCAGGUGGUUACAACGAGUGGGCCAGCGACUUGGGGCUCGACGGCUGGGCAUGGGACGACGUCGAGCCCUUUGAAAAGGUGUGCAAGGCCGUCGGCCUGCCCGUUGAGACCGAUUGCAAUGCGCCCGCCGCCAGUGCCCAGGGUUACUUCUCCUUGGAUGCCGCCGUCUACCCGGACGGCACGCGCGUCUCCGCCUACCGCGCGUACCUCAACAAGCGCGUUGCCCUCGAGAGACGCGGCCACCUGACCAUCUGCACCGAGGCGCUGGUCACCAAGCUCGAGCUCAACGACGGCGUCGUUCCGGACAGCGAUUCGGCCGAUGCCAGAGCCACCGGUGUCUACGUCGCCGCGGCGCCGACCGGCCAGGACGACAUGGGCAAGCCAGUCCUUGUUAAAGCCCGCCGCGAGAUUAUCGUCUGCGGCGGCGCCUUCCGCACCCCCCAGCUGCUCCUGCUCAGCGGUCUCGGCCCACGCGCCCAUCUGCAGGAGAAAGGCAUCCCCGUCGUCCGGGACCUGCCCGCUGUCGGCCAGCAUCUGUCAGACCACUUUGGCAUCCCCAUCAUGAUCCAGCUGCCCGUCAUGGAGACGGUGCACUCGCUGAUCGAGAAACCCCUGGUCGGCAUUCGCAGCUUUGUCGAGUAUUUUUGGAGCGGGACCGGCCUGCUGUCGAUGCCGAGCAACACGACGACCAUUUUUGCGCGCACGACGGCCAUGGACGAGACGACAUACCACACGAGCGAAACGCCCGCCCUCAACGAUGCGACGCGGCCCGGCAACGUCCCCGACGUCGAGGUCAUGCUGAUCCCAGUGAAUGCCAUCAACCUGGAAGCCAUCGGCUGUCCGCCCCAUGCGGCAACGCAGGGACGCGGGUUCCUCACGCUGUACACGACCAUGGUCCAGCUGCGCACGACGGGCCACCUGGAACUGGUGUCGACGACGGACCCCAAGGCGCACGCACGGGUGCACUACCCGGAGAUGGUGGACGACGACGGUGGUGUCGGCAAGGACGACUGGGCGGCAGUGCGCCGCGCCGUGCGCUUCACGAUGCGCCUGGCCGACGAGUUUGUCCACAAGUCGGGCUACCCGCACAAGCCUGCGGCCAUACUGUUUGGGCCCGGCAUGGACAUGGACAUCCUGCACGGCGUCACCAAGGGCCGCCCGGGCGAGCGGCACGCCACGCCCACGGCGACUGCCGUCAAGCAAGCCGUAGGGGCGACGGUCGGGGCGGCGACUUUGCCCACGCCAUCAGACUCGGGCGACAUUCAGCCACUCGAAAAGACGUGGAAAACUGUCACGGACGCCGAAAUUGACGCCUAUGUCCGCGAGACCGGCCAGACCGGUCUGCACUUUAGCUGCACGGCGCGCAUGGCCCCGACGGCCAAGGACGGUGUCGUCGACGCACGCCUCAAGGUGCACGGCGUGUCGGGCCUGCGGAUUGCCGAUGCGAGUGUCUUCCCGCGCAUUCCGAGCGGGCACACCAUGGUGCCGUCACUGAUGGUGGGCGAGCGGUGUGCAGACUUUAUCAAGGCCGCGUGGGCGGGACAAUGA